CCGCGGCUAUAGAUCGCUGCUAUAACACACAGCGCUGCGGCCGCUCGCCUCACAAGCGGCGGAGGCGCGACGAGACGUUCCGAGGCUAUUUUUCUCCCCCCCCCACCCCUUACACUUUCCUCGCACCGGAUCGGAGCCUCGCUGUCGAUGCGCCCCGUUAUCCUCUGGCUCACGAGCUCAUCGUUUCCGCACCUGCCGCCACGCUACAAGGAGCCGUAGAGGAGGAGAAGGAGCCGUAGAGGAGGAGACAAGGACAACGAGGACCCGCGACAUCUGGGAGAGACGAGAGAGAGAGAGAGAGAGAGAGAGAGAGAGAGAGAGAGAGAGAGAGAGAGAGAGAGAGAGAGAGAGAGAGAGAGAGAGAGAGAGAGAGAGAGAGAGAGAGAGAGAGAGAGAGAGAGACGCUGAGCCGCCGGUAUUCCCACUCAGCCGUCACAACAUCACCGACCCGCGGACGCGAUGCUCGUGCUGAGCAGAAUGCUGCUGGUGGUCCUGGUGUGUCUGGGGCUCGCGUCGCCCGGCGCGGGCUGCGGACCGGGAAGGGGCUACGGGAGGCGGCGACAUCCCAAGAAGCUGACGCCUCUCGCGUACAAGCAGUUCAUACCAAACGUGGCCGAGAAGACGCUGGGCGCGAGCGGAAGAUACGAGGGCAAGAUCACGCGCAGCUCGGAGCGCUUCAAGGAGCUCACCCCCAACUACAACACGGACAUCAUCUUCAAGGACGAGGAGAACACCGGGGCGGACCGCCUCAUGACUCAGAGAUGUAAGGACAAGCUGAACUCCCUCGCCAUCUCGGUGAUGAACCAGUGGCCCGGGGUGAAGCUGCGGGUGACGGAGGGCUGGGAUGAGGACGGACACCACUUCGAGGAGUCCCUGCACUACGAGGGCCGCGCGGUGGACAUCACCACGUCCGACCGCGACAAGAGCAAGUACGGCACGCUGUCCCGCCUGGCGGUGGAGGCGGGCUUCGACUGGGUCUAUUACGAGUCCAAAGCCCACAUCCACUGCUCCGUGAAAGCAGAAAACUCAGUGGCGGCAAAAUCCGGGGGCUGUUUCCCGGGCUUGGCGUCCGUGUCCCUCGCCGACGGUGGCCGGAAGUACGUUAGAGACCUCACGCCGGGGGACAGCGUGCUGGCGGUGGACGACCAGGGGACUCUGACGGUCACGGACUUCAUCAUGUUCCUGGACAAGGACUCGGCCACCACGAGACUCUUCUACGUCAUUGAAACGGAGACCGGCGAGCGCCUCACGCUGACGGCGGCGCACCUGCUCUUCGUGGAGAGCAACGCGACGGACGCGCGCGGCCAGAUGACGGCGGUGUUCGCGAGCGCCGUGACCGCGGGCCAAAAGGUGUUCGUGUUGCAGGAGCCCAACGACGUCCUCACACCUGUGACCGUUAAGAGGAUUUACCGGCAGGAGCAUGAGGGCUCAUUCGCCCCGCUGACGGCGCGCGGCUCCCUAGUGGUGGACCACGUGCUCGCUUCGUGCUACGCCGUCGUCGAAGACCAACAGCUCGCGCACUGGGCCUUUGCGCCCGUGCGCUUCUCCUAUUGGCUGUCCGGGCUGCUUCACCUGCACGUGAAGGGCGCAGCCGCCCACGCGGACGGCGUGCACUGGUACUCAGACGUCAUGUACCGUCUCGGGAGGUGGGUGCUGAACGAGCACGCCAUGCACCCGCUGGGGGUGUCGAGACCCUCGAGCUGAACGGGGGGACAGAGACCUCGCGGGAGCUGGGAUAUUUAUUUGUGAGACUUGACGAGACGUGUCCCUUCAUCGAGAUGAACGGAGCCUUAAAAAGUUUUCUUUGAAUAAUUUAUUCUCAUGUGAACUGAAGCCGGGCGCGCGCACACGUGGACAGAGCAGCGGCGUCGCCGGCGCGUUGUGCAUAAUCUAUUUUUGUAUAUCAACUACAACUGUUCCCACAUGUUCUCCCGCACGUCCGCAGCUGACUGUUAUAUUUUAGGAAGAUCUGGGAGCUCAACCGCGCCGCGGUUGAUAAAUUAUAUUUUUAUACAGAAUUGUAAAUUAGAUUUUGACAGAUCGUUACCGAAUCACAUUUCGUUAUUUGAAAUAGUGUAAAAUAUGAGAAUAUAUUUUAAUUUAAGUACAGUAGUUGGGUACUGCUCUGUUUAUUAUUAAGAAUUUAUUAUUUUGUGUUUUUUCCUGCUUCUCUUCUUCUUCUUCUGAAAAACUAUGAAAUGCACAUUCUGACAGUUCAGUAACCGUAAACGUAGAACAUAAAGCGUUUUGUUGAAUAAAUUAAUGAGUAACUCCUGUAAAUUUACUAAAAUGUAUUUUUCUUUUCAUAUUUUGUAAUAGGGAGAUAGUUUUAUAGAGACGACAGUGUGAGGGGAGGGGGCGACGUGUCAAAAUGUCUAGAGUUUAUUAUUUAUAUGUUUAUUACAAAAUGAGAUAAAGAAAAUAUUCAAACUU